GAAAUCAUUGUGUUUCUUGAAUUUUCAAAAAACCAUCUGACGCUAUCAUGCAUAAUCCCAUCAGGCCUUGCUUCCACAACCACAUCUCCCUGGAGUUCCUGGCUGAAUCUGCCAAUGGGCUGCUCCUCUACAACGGGCCCCUUGGCUCCGCCCACCCAGGCGAGCCGGAGGAUUUCAUCGCCAUAGAGCUGAGGAAUGGGGUUCCGGCUCUGAGUGUAAACCACGGAUCAGGAACCCUGACGUUGCAGCUCCCUCCCAAAUCCACUGUCAGCAGCCGGCAUUGGCAUCGCCUCGACAUCAUCAGUGAUGGAAAGGCCGUGCAGCUGAUUCUGGACCAGUGUGGGGGGGCGGUGGUGACCGAGCUGGAGGGUGUUAGGAAUGAAACUCAGGAUGUGGAUGAGUCCAGCUGCAGAGCUGCAGGAGAGACCCCCGGGAGCCAGAGUUAUCUGAAUGUGUACCAGCCUCUUCAGUUGGGAGGAGUGAAAGAAGUGUCCCCUCACCAACAUUAUCGCAAUUUCACCGGCUGCAUCCGUAACCUGGUGGUUGACAGUCAGGUAUAUGACCUGGCGUCUCCAGGUGAGAGCGUGGACAGCACACCAGGGUGUAGGCUGACAGACGGGGUGUGUGUGACGGCAGCUGGUCCCUCGUGUGGCGCUCACGCCUCCUGCCUCACUGACUGGGGCUCCUUCAGCUGCGAGUGCCACCCGGGGUACACUGGACACAAGUGUGACAGGGUUGUCCCAGAGUUCUCCUUCGACUCGGGAAGUGUUGUGCGUUUUCAGCUCAGAGGAGGCAGCAGCUCCAGACGCACCAACAUCCAGCUGCUCCUCCGAACAAGGGCUGCCUCGGGCACUCUGCUGUCUGUGUCGUCCUGGGAGGCUGACGAAUACAUCAUCCUGGAGGUCAGGGAGGGCCACCUCUCUGUUCGUGCCAACCUUGGUGAUGGUGCUCACACCCUGCGGCUCCCCGGCCAACGGCUGGACAUCGGACAGUGGGUCCUGGUCAGCCUCAGUCGCCACGACAACCUGUUCACCCUGCGGCUGGAGCAGGGCGGGGGAUCACGGGAGGCCCAGGCCCAACUGGGGAGCCGUAGGGAGAUCGUGGUUCAUCCAAGCAGUGUGAUGGUCGGCAACGGACCAACCACUGGAGACAAGGCUGAGUUUCAUGGCUGUCUGCGGGAUGUUCGUUUUAAUGGACAGGUCCUGCCUCUGGACGGGCAGACCCGGGGCUUGGUGACGGUGCUUGAGAGGCGGGGCGUCAGCUCAGGAUGCUCCAGUAACGCCUGCAACAGCCAGCCCUGCCACAGCCCGUUGCGCUGCAUCGACCUGUGGAGGAAACAUCAGUGCAGGUGUCCUGGUGGUCAGGUGACUGUGAUGGACGACUCAGGUCAGCAGCAUUGUGUGCCGUCGCCCUGUGGACCUUCUUCUUGCCUUAAUGGAGGCUUAUGCCAAGCGUUGUCACCUGAUGGCUACCGGUGCCGGUGUCAGGAGGGGUUCAGGGGUCAGCACUGCGAGCUGGAACAGGUCAAAGGUCACCGGCUGGCUGCCCUCAGCCCCAGCUCCAUCCUGGCCAUCAGCAUGUGUCUGCUGGUGUUUUUUGCGGUGCUGGUGGCAGUGACAGUGUGGAACCAGAAAGGCAGCCGAAACAAGUUCAGGAAGCAAGGAAACGCCUAUGACAUCACAGAGCUGAAGCGUCCCCUGUGCUCCAGUCUGUCCCAGUCCUCGUCCUGCACCACCGCCCCACUGAUUAAGUCCUCUCCAGGCUCGCGGGAGGAUGUUCACCCGCCUGGCUCCUCCUGCAGCUCAGGUGUCCCCUACCUCAGCAUCCCACAUCACCAUCAGCACACCACUGCCAGUUACACCAGUGAUGCAACCUACGCCAGUUACACCACUCCUGCAGGCAGAGACAUAGAGACGAAUGACGGAGGCAUUGCUCAACCACGGUCACGCUCUCAUGUGGACUUUAAGAGCUAUGUGGCUCGAAUCAUCUGGGAGGCAGACAAUGACAGCGAGGAGUUCCCGCCGGAUGCGUACCACGUCUGGUGUGUGGAGGGCUCGGGGUCGUCGGCAGGAAGCCUCAGCUCACUGGGGUCAGCUAUGUCUUGUCGAAACAUUUCCACUGCUCGGUCCAAUGAUGAGGAGGAGGAGGAGGAAGAUGAAGAAGCAGGGCUCGUUUAUGACACACUGUCACGCUGGGGGCCCAAGUUCCAGGCUCUGAGCGAGAUGUACGACCGGCCCCAACUGGCCCUCAGAUACAGGGACGCAGCAGCCUAUAUUGAGAAAAGCCACAGCCAUGACCCCCUGCCUCACCACCACUAG